AUCCUCCUCUGUUUGUUAUCCCUUGCUUUUUGCUGUUCACUUUUUCAGCUCAGCAGCUUUUGCGCUCUCAUUCAGAACUCUUGUCCAGAUACAUUUUCUGCUAAAACUUUUUGCCCAAAAGUUUGUGUAUGUGUUAAUUUUCCACUCGCGUCAGCAGACAUUUCUUUGCUGUGAUGUGGAUGAUUGUGGCUCUGCCGGUCCUUCCCUCCCAUGCCUAGUUGCUGGUGAUGGGGGAUAUUCAGAAAGGGAAGAGUGUGUUUGUCCAGAAGUGUUCCCAGUGUCACUCCGUGGAGGAAGGGGGUCGCCAUAAGGUGGGGCCAAACCUCUGGGGGUUGUUUGGAAGGAAGACGGGUCAGGCACCUGGAUACUCCUAUACUCAAGCCAACGUCGACAAAGGUAUCAUCUGGGGCAGGGCAACUCUGAAUGUCUACCUUGAAAAUCCAAUGAUGUACAUUCCUGGUACCAAGAUGAUCUUCAGUGGGAUCAGAAAGAAGAAAGAAAGAGCAGAUAUUAUUGCCUACUUAAAGGACGCAACCUCCUAA